UUCAGCCUCGCCUUCUCCGUCCCUGUCCCGGCCUGGGCCUUCCUCCUCUCACCAGCUACACAACCAUCAUCUAUGCAUCCAACAGCGUUAAAAGCUCUAGCGCCCGAUCACAAGUUCACAACCAAAAUAUGCUUGAAUCAUACUGAGUUUCGUCGUCCGAAGCUUCUUUAGGCCAACAAGGCAAAUUAAGCGUCCAAGAAACUACUAUUUUGUAUGCUGGCCCUCCUUCUGUUCAUACUGCUGAGCCGUCAAGGUGAAGUGGCCUCGUCGUUGGACGAUGGCCGGGAAUUCGCCUAUCACGGCUUCGCCGGCGCUAACCUCACGCUGGACGGCCUCGCCACCAUCCUCCCCGGCGGCCUCCUCGCACUCACCAACUUCACGUACCAGACAAAAGCCCACGCCUUCCACCCGUCCCCGAUGCACUUCCUCACCAAGACGACAUCCGUGGCGCGCUCCUUCUCCACGUCCUUCGUCUUCGCCAUCGUGUCGGGGUACGACGGCCUGAGCGACCACGGCCUCGCCUUCGUCGUCGCCCCGACCACGGACUUCUCCACGGCGAACGCCGGGCAGUACCUGGGCCUCCUCAACGCGACCAACGGCACGGCGAGCCACCCCAUCCUGGCAGUCGAGCUCGACACCAUCCUGACCCCGGAGUUCCGCGACAUCAACAGCAACCACGUCGGCAUCGACGUCAACAGCCUCGUGUCGCGUCAGGCCCGGCCGGCCGGCUACUACGACGACGCCGCCGGCGGCGGCGCGUUCCGGAACCUGAGCCUGAACAGCCGCGAGCCCAUGCAAUUGUGGGUGGACUACGACGGCGUGUCCAAGCAGCUCAACGUGACGCUGGCCCCCGUGCACGUGCCCAAGCCCAAGAACCCUCUCCUCUCCGAGGCCGUCGACCUCUCCACGCUCAUGGCGGCGGACGCCAUGUACGCCGGCUUCUCGGCGUCGUCGGGGGUCGUGUUCACGCACCACUACGUGCUCGGAUGGAGCUUCGGCCUCGACGGACCCGCCCCGCCGCUCGACCUCUCCAGGCUCCCUGCCCUGCCACGCCUGGGGCCCAAGCCCCGGUCCAAGGUCCUCGACGUCGUCCUGCCGCUCGCCACCGCGUCGCUCGUCGCCGCGGCGCUCGCGACGACCUUUUUCUUCGUGUGGCGGCGGCGCCGGUUCGCCGAGGUGCGCGAGGACUGGGAGGACGAGUUCGGGCCCCACCGCUACGCGUACAAGGAUCUCCAUCGUGCCACGGAUGGGUUCCGGGAACGGAACCUGCUGGGCGUCGGGGGGUUUGGGAGGGUAUACAAAGGAGUGCUCUCUCCAUCCAAUUUGGAGAUCGCCGUGAAGAGGGUGUCGCAUGAUUCAAGGCAAGGGGUGCGGGAGUUCGUCGCCGAGGUGGUGAGCAUUGGCCGUCUCCGACACCGCAAUCUCGUGCAGUUGCUUGGCUACUGCCGGCGCAAAGACGAGCUUCUCCUGGUCUACGACUGCAUGUCAAAUGGUAGCCUUGAGAAGCACCUGCAUGAUCCACACAUGCCAGCCAUAUUUUGGCCCGAAAGGUACUCGAUCGUCAAAGGUGUCGCGUCAGGCCUGCUAUACCUUCAUGAGGAUUGGGAAAAAGUUGUUGUCCACCGGGAUAUAAAGGCGAGCAACGUGCUCUUGGACGAACAGAUGAACGGGCACCUGGGAGAUUUCGGCCUAGCGAGAUUGUAUGACCAUGGGACCGAUGCUCAGACAACCCAUGUGGUUGGCACCAUGGGAUACCUUGCGCCGGAGCUUGUGCGCACCGGGAAGGCGACGCCAUUGACCGAUGUGUUCGCAUUCGGCGUGUUCCUCCUAGAAGUGGCCUGUGGACGAAGGCCGAUCGAGCGUGGCGAGCAUGAUAACCGUGUUGUGCUGGUUGAUUGGGUGCUUGAGCACCACCGCGGUGGGUCGAUCCUCGAGGCGGUGGAUCCACGGCUCAUGGGAAAAUUCGACUUGGAGGAGGCUAUCCUCGUGCUCAAACUAGGUUUGUUGUGCACGCACCCGUUGCCUAAUGCAAGACCGGGCAUGCGGAAGGUGAUGCAAUACCUGGAGGGUGACCAGCCGACCCCUGACUUGCCGCCGACUUACGUGAGCUACGCUAUGAUGGCGCUAAUGCAGAUCGAAGGCUUCGAUUCUUAUGUUAUGUCGACGUCAUCCUCGACGUCGCCGACUGUGGCUAGCAUCGGUGCGGUGUCUUGUGGGUCUUCAGCGACGGUUCUAGCUGAGGGCAGAUAAAGCUGGCCGUGUGUAUAUUUAACUCCUUUUUGAGUUUUCAAUCAUCAGAAAAAAAAUGCUUA